GUUGAAGCCGAAAUAUUCAAAGUUAGGCAGUCCACAGUUAGCUUCUCCACCAACCAACCAACCAAAUCUUCCUCCCUUACGUUGAAAUAUGCUAAGGAUACAAAAUGAGCCUUUAAGGGAAAUGGAACUGGUCGUCUAGUAUCAAAAACUUAGGGUUCAAAAUGAAAUCAAGCAUGGUUAAGGCAAGCAUAGCUGUGCUGGUGGUAGGUGGGAUUUUGGGAUGGGCUUAUCAGUCACUGAAUCCACCACCACCCAAGAUCUGCGGUUCACCUGGGGGCCCACCAAUCACAGGCCCAAGAAUCAAGCUCAGGGAUGGCAGGUUCUUAGCUUACAAAGAGCAUGGUGCACCCAAGCACACGGCCAAGUUCAAGGUCGUCCUGGUUCAUGGCUUUGGUUCUUGCAGGCAUGACGCGUCCAUUGCUGCCUCGAAAGCCGCUGAUGAAUUGGAGGUGUACUUUGUGUCCUUUGACAGACCAGGAUAUGGAGAGAGUGAUCCUGACCCGAAUAGGACCAUAAGAAGUACUGCUCUGGAUAUAGAAGAGCUCGGUGAUCAAUUGGGACUUGGAUCCAAAUUUUAUGUGUUGGGGUUCUCCAUGGGUGGGCAGAUUGUUUGGGGAUGCUUGAAGUACAUUCCUCACAGGCUAGCAGGAGCAGGACUAAUUGCACCGGUGGUGAAUUACUGGUGGGUGGGAUUUCCGGCAAAUGUAUCAGCAGAAGCAUACCGCAAGGAGUACCCGGAAGACCAGUGGGCUAUCCGGGUAGCACACCACGCCCCUUGGCUUGUGUACUGGUGGAACACCCAAACCUGGUUUCCCUACUCAAGUGUCAUUGCCGGAAAACACAAGAUGUCUCCCCGAGACCGGGAAGUCAUAUCCAACCUUUUCCCGUUGAGAAAAAAUUACAAGGUAUGCCUUGAGUAUCCUCACAUAAAUAUAUGUUUUCAAAUAUGUUUCGAUUACAUGGUGUUCCUAAAUCUACUAUGAGUAGCGGUUAACACCUUAACUGCUACUCAUAAUUUUGACACAUGAGAGACUUUCUAAAAAAACUGAUCCAAUUCUUGUGCGCUAGUUCCUAAAACAAUCUCGUUAAGGUUUCUUAAUAGGAAUUUUCCAUACUUAUUAGUUCAAAAGAUCCUUUGCCAAACCGCUUACAAUAUAAUCAGGGGGAAUAAAAAAACUAUCAUCACAACCAGACAUGGAAACAACUGCUCUAGCUAAACCAUGAGUAACUUGGAGUCAGAUGCGGUUUAACAAAGUUUAUUAAAUGUUAGAAACUCAUGACCUCUCCUAGUCCUAUAAAAAAAGAGAGGUAUGUUACCACUGUGGCUUGAUGUGGAUACAGGAAUAUGCAAUACAACAAGGAAGGUUCGAGUCCAUCCAUCAGGACAUGAUUGUUGGUUUUGGGAAAUGGGAAUUUGAUCCAAUGGGUCUAAGUAACCCUUUCCCCGACAGGGAAGGCGCUGUUCAUCUGUGGCACGGUGAUGAAGAUGGGCUUGUGCCGGUCACACUGCAGCGCUACAUUGCCAGAAAACUCCCGUGGAUAAAGUAUCACGAAGUUCUAGAAGGUGGGCAUCUGUUUCCAUAUGAAGAGGGUAUGAAAGAUGCUAUUCUUAAGACACUCUUGACAGAUGACAGGAGGCAAGUGAGAUCAAACAGUGGUCAUAUCUGAAUCUCUAUGUAAUGCUGCUGUUUUAUAUGUGUAUAUAGAUCGAGAAAUGCUAGAGGUACCCCAUUUUCUACCCCAUUUUGUACCCCAUCCUAUAUUUGUGGCUCACAAAAAUCCAACCCAAUUAAAAUAAUUGCUCCAUUUUUACUCAUUGCUUUUGUGAACCACAAACAUAGGAGGGGGUACAAAAUGGGGUACAAAAUGGGGUGGCUUUAGCAUUAGUGAUAUAGAUCCAUCUGUCCCCAUUUAAAGUUGAUGUAUUCAUUUUAGGAAAGUUCCUAAAUUAUUUCCUUAUUAGUUGAUACAAUAUCUUAUCAAUCAUAACUACUGCCCCCAAAUAUAACAUAAAUUAUUAAUGGCAAACAAUACACUACAUUUAGUAUUUACUUUGGGCAAAAACAGAUGUUUCUGGGAGUCUAUUUCUUGAACUCCAUUUGGAGCUUUAUUAGCGGAUUGCGGAAGCAUAUAAAAAGUAAUACAAAAUGACAAUACUUCACUGGGUAUAUCAGUAUAUGUGAGCUAGCUUCAUAGUUGGUAGCUAGGCUUGGGUUGGAGCCCUAUCCCUGAAUUUUUAAAAUUAAAAUACUAAUCAAGAAACAAUGAAGUUGUUAGGACAAGAAUUUCUAUGAACCAAGUAGACAGCUAACUAACUAGUGAGGAGCGAACUUCUUUCUCAAUCUAUCAACCUCCUUAUCACUGAAUCCAAAAGCCUUCAUCAGCACCUCCUCUCUUAUAGAACUUCCAAACACAGCACUAGGGAUCUUUACUAACCCGGGGUUCUGGCUGUUGAAACUCCCCAGUAUAGUAGCAGGCGAAUCCCCAACAUUCAUCUGAAAGUGAACUAAUCCCCUCGGGAACACCAUCACCUCUCCUCUCUCCAACACUCUCGCGAAAAUCCUGUUUGACGAAUCGACAAACCCUGCAUAGAUCCUCCCCUCCAACACAAACGCCGUCUCAGUGGCCCUGGGGUGCAAAUGUGGCACAUUUACCCCUCCAGCGUCAAAAUCAGCCCGAACAAAUGACAUGCCUAGGGUGUGUAGGCCCGGGAAAACCCCUGAGUUUACCGGGUUGGAUAUAAAACCGGUCUGCUUAAAGUCUCCCGGGUUUCUUAUGCCCGAAUAGACGAAGUCUUCAACGGUGACUAAGGUCGAGUUCUUGCAAGAUGGGAAGACUGAUGAGAAUUCGGGAAUUGGGAUGCAGUAGUCAUGGAGAGGAUCGGGAUCGGAUGCUAAGACUAUGUGGAUAUGAAGGAGAAGAGAUAGGAAAAUUGUUGUUUUCUUGAUCAUGGUGGUUACUACUUACUAGUUGUUCUGUCUAUGACUCAAGAAUGGCCAGGUGAAGAUGGGUAUUUAUUAAGCAACUACUUAUGAUCUUAGCCACCAA